GGUGUACGCUCUCCAUUUCUGCAACUCAGCAACCUGGAAGUGGGUGAUUAUAAAUUCACACUGAAGGUGACAGACUCGGCAGGACAGACAGACACUGCUGACGUGCAGGUGUUUGUUAAACCAGAAACCAACCACCCACCCAUGGCCAAGACAGCCGGUCAUCUCAGUCUGUAUCUGCCACAGGAUAGCUUGACACUGGACGGGACUAACAGUACCGAUGACACGGGCAAGAUGGAGUAUCACUGGACACAGAAGGGUGGGCCCACUACCCUUACAAUCACCAACGCAGACAAAGUGGUUGCAAUUGCAGUCGGAAAGAUUGUAGAAGGAGAUUAUGAAUUCCAGCUGACAGUUAUUGAUGGCGAGAGGCAGCAGUCGACAGAUUCUUUGGUGAUCUCAGUCAAAAAGGAUGUAAACCUCCGGCCUAAAGCUAACGCGGGAGGUAACAAAGUGGUGCAGGUGCCAGUUACUCUGGUGACUUUGGAUGGAUCCAAAUCAUACGAUGAUCGAGGCAUCACCAAAUAUCUCUGGCAGAGGGACAGCAAAAGUCUGGCGGCUGGUACUGUGGUCAACAACUCGGACCACCAGGCUGUACUGCAGCUGGUCAACUUGGUGGCUGGUCAGUAUCUGUUUACACUGACUGUGGAAGAUGCCGAAGGUCUCAGCACUAGUGAUACUGCGACAAUUACUGUGAACAGAAAUCCUAAUGAGAAGGAUUUUCUGGAGAUGAUCCUAGAUGCCGACAUUGAGCACUUUACCAUGGCCAAUAGAGAAAGCUUGGUAGAUCAGCUGGUACUGAUGCUGCAGAGGUCCUCGGAAGACAGACACACAGUUGUGGAUGUCCAGUCCAUCACAGAAGAUGUCAGCACUGGACAUUUGUGCAUCACAUUCCAAGUUCUACAUCAAGGCAAAGGAACCACUACUGUGAUGAAUGGAAUACAAGCCUUGCAGACUCUCAAAUCCAAAGUCAACUAUGGGAAAAUUCUAGAAUAUACCAUAGUUAGGUUGGAUCUGUCAGUGUGCCAAAACAACUGUUCAGGCCAUGGACAUUGUGACCAGAAGACCAAACAGUGUGUCUGUGAGGCUUUCUGGAUGUCCAGUGUGUUCUCAUCCAGCAUUUUUAGUAGUGAAAGUAACUGUG